CCCCUCCUCUUUCUCUCUCUAGACGUCUCCAUUUUUAUCUCUCUAUCCCUCCUCCGUAUCUGUACUCCUCCAACCCCUUCCCCUACACACCGAUUGUCGGUGUCAGAUCCCGCUCUUCACCGCCACCUGGGGUUUCUUCAGAUCUACCCAAUCUUCAUAUAUGCGUAUAUAUUAGGGUUUUAUUUGGAGGGGCAUUGGCGGAGGUGGUGGAGGGGAGCUCUGCGUCGUCGUCGUUUCCGGGGGUGAUUGUGAGGAAAGAGUGUAUGAGGGAUUUAGAGUCUGGGGAUUUGUUCUUCUGGGAUAAUUCGAGGCGGAUUAGGUGGGAUUGCUCGUUCACAAUCCGGAGCCGCGGUCGCUGGGGCAAAUGUGGAUAAAUUCUUGAAUGUAAUUCUGGUCUUUUUUUUUUUCUUUUUUUCUUUUUUUUUCCUUUGAAAUUGGUGGACUUUGGUUCGUUCAAUCGCUGCUUUUGUUAGUGGUUUGGGAGUGAUUGUGAGAAAUCAUGCAGCCUGAUCAUCGUAAAAAAAAUUCAACAGAGAUGGACUUCUUCUCUGAAUAUGGUGAUGCAAAUCGAUACAAGAUUCAGGAGGUCAUAGGAAAAGGAAGUUAUGGUGUUGUUUGCUCUGCAAUUGACACUCAUACCGGCGAGAAAGUUGCUAUUAAGAAAAUACAUGAUAUUUUUGAACACAUAUCUGAUGCCGCUCGUAUUCUGCGUGAGAUAAAGCUUUUGAGGCUUCUACGGCAUCCUGACAUUGUAGAAAUUAAGCAUAUUAUGCUUCCACCUUCAAGUCGGGAGUUCAAAGAUAUUUAUGUUGUUUUCGAGCUAAUGGAAUCAGAUCUCCACCAAGUCAUCAAGGCUAAUGACGAUUUGACACGGGAACACUACCAAUUUUUUCUUUACCAGUUGCUCCGGGCCCUAAAGUAUAUACACACUGCCAAUGUUUACCAUCGCGAUCUUAAACCAAAAAAUAUUUUGGCAAAUGCAAACUGUAAACUCAAAAUAUGUGAUUUCGGUUUGGCCAGAGUUGCUUUUAAUGAUACACCUACAACAAUAUUUUGGACGGACUAUGUUGCUACUAGAUGGUAUAGAGCCCCAGAGUUAUGUGGUUCAUUUUUCUCUAAGUAUACUCCUGCUAUUGAUAUAUGGAGCAUCGGCUGUAUCUUUGCUGAGGUUUUAACUGGAAAGCCCCUAUUCCCUGGAAAAAAUGUUGUUCAUCAGCUGGAUUUGAUGACUGAUCUUCUUGGGACACCUUCAAUGGAUACCAUUUCCCGAGUGAGGAAUGAUAAAGCGAGAAGAUACCUCACUAGUAUGCGAAAGAAGCAGCCUAUGCCUUUUGCUCAGAAAUUUCCUAAUGCUGAUCCUUUGGCCCUCUGUCUGCUGGAAAGGCUUCUGGCUUUUGAUCCGAAGGAUAGGCCAACUGCUGAGGAGGCACUAGCUGAUCCUUACUUCAAGGGACUUGCUAAAGUUGAGAGGGAACCAUCUUGCCAGGCUAUUUCUAAAUUGGAGUUUGAAUUUGAGAGGCGAAAGGUCACAAAGGAGGAUGUACGGGAAUUAAUAUUCAGGGAGAUACUAGAAUAUCAUCCUCAACUUAGGAAAGAUUACAUAAAUGGAGAAAGAGUGAACUUUCUGUAUCCAAGUGCUGUUGAUCAAUUCAGGAAACAGUUUGCUCACCUGGAAGAAAACGGUGGUAAAAUUGGGCCUCUUCCAGCAGAAAGAAAGCAUGUAUCUCUUCCUAGGUCUUCAGUUAUACAUUCCACUACAAUCCCUGUAAAGAGACAAACUGUUGUUAAUAUGAAAGAUCAGCAAAAUGGGGAAGAGUCCUGCAAUAGAAACUUCAGAGAGCCUGAUAGAGGUCCAAGAGCGGUGGCGGUGCAACCCCAACAGAGGAGUUGCCAGGCCAAACCAGGAAAGGUUGUUGGUCCAAUUUUACCUUAUGAGAUCGGAAGUAAAGAGGCAUUUGAGCAGCAGCGAAAUGUAAUCAGGAGUACAAUUAGGCUGCCUUCUCAGACUAUGCCUUCGACAUAUUGUUACCAGAGAUUCGGGGCAGCAGCUAAGCAGGAAAGACCUGUAACCGAAGCACAGAAGGAGGUGGUGCCAUCUUCACAACAACACAUGAAACCUAUAGUUCACUGCGGCAUGGCUGCCAAAUUAGCACCAGAUAUCGCCAUCACUAUUGACAGCAACCCAUUCUAUAUGACACGGGGGGCUGGAGGGAAAAAGCCCCCCGGGGAUCACGUUAGUGAUGGAAUCAGCAUCGACACUAACUUUCUGCAGGCAAAAGCUCAAUAUGGUGGUAUUGGCGUGGCGGCCGCAACAGCUGCAAGUGCUGCGGCUUCUGCUGCUCACAGAAAAGUAGGGACUGUCCAGUUUGGCAUGUCAAGGAUGUACUAGGGAGAUCGAAAUGUAUAGAGAAUGGGGUUAUUACACUUUAGAAAUGUUACUCAGACACUAUUUGCUUUUAUAAACCUGGAAAUUAUAUGUUAGUAAAAGUGGAAGUCAGGAUUUUUGUA